ACGGGCCAAAUCACCACAGGUAGGUUAGAACGGGCAGGCGGGCGGACCAGCGCGAUCUGCUACCUGUGCUCGGAUAGGCUGAGCGAGGAGGGGCUUGCGCUCCCCGCCCCCCCGGGCCAAACGCGGUUGGGGCUGGCCAGGCGCGCGCGCGCCUUCACCUGUAACCUGGGCUGUGCGCCCCGCCCCGCCAUACGUGGCCAGGUUAACGUGCUGCGCACGCCGCUCACCUGGGUUGCAAAGAAAGCGAGCGAACGCCGGCGAAGACCCGGGUGCACCCAGCGGCUCCGCCAGGCAGCGGCGGGGCGAGCGAGCGAGGUUGGCGCGUUUAUUAUUCCCCUCGCCCCUUACAAGCAGGUAAAGCUCUCGUUGUUCCUGUCGCCUACUGCUGCUGAGGUAGCCCUCCGCGCUGACAUCCUCAUGGCCUCGGGUUCCUACGACGUCGGCGGCAGCAGCGCUGACCCCGCCCCCGCCCCCGCCCCCGCCCCAACGGCGCUCAACAAGCCGGACAACACGGCGUUCACGCAGCAGCGCCUCCCGGCCUGGCAGCCUCUGCUGUCGGUGGGCACGGUGCUGCCGCUCUUCUUCUGCUUGGGCGUAGUCUUCCUGGCCCUGGGGCUGGGGCUCUAUUUCUCCUCGCAGGAGAUCCACGAGUUGGAGCUGGACUACACCGGCGCGGCGGCGGGCACCAACUGCUCCGCUUGCGCCAACCUGAGCAGCCUUCCCAACCAUGGGCCUUGCAUCUGCGCGCUGCGCUUCGAACUGCCGGUGGAUUUCCCUGCCCCCGUCUGCCUCUACUACCAGCUGUCCAGCUACUACCAAAACUACCGGGGCUACAGCGUCUCCCGUGACGACAUGCAGCUCAGCGGGGACACCUGGGCGCUGACCCACCCCAUCGACGACUGCGUGCCUUACCAGUACCAAAAGACCACCCCCAUUGCGCCGUGUGGCUCCGUUGCCAACAGCCUCUUCAAUGACUCCUUCGCCCUCUACCAUGUGCUCGGCAAUGGCUCAAUGGUCCCUGUGCCCUUGGACAAGAGGGGCAUCUCCUGGUGGACUGACACCAACGUCAAGUUCCGGAACCCAGAUUCAGUCAAUGGGAGUCUGGCUCUGGCCUUCAAGGGCACUGCCAAGCCCCCCAACUGGCCGUACCCAGUCUAUGACUUGGGCAAAGGCAACCCCAACAACACUGGCUUCACCAACGAGGACUUUGUUGUCUGGAUGCGCAUUGCUGCCCUGCCCACCUUCCGCAAGCUCUACUCCCGCAUCCGUCAGGGUAAUUUCUCUGUGGGGCUGUCCCGUGGCACCUACUACCUCAAUAUCACUUACAAUUACCCUGUCGUCUCUUUCCACGGCACUAAGAAGGUCAUCUUCAGCACACUGUCCUGGAUGGGGGGCAAGAAUCCCUUCUUGGGCAUUGCUUACCUUGUCUUCGGUUCUGCUUGCAUCCUCACUGGCAUUGUCAUGCUGGUUGUGUAUUUCAAAUAUCGGCAGCAGGAUUAUGAAGAUUAAAAGACAACAAGUGAUUGUCAACAGUUCAGGGGAGAUGUCCGGCCAGAUUCUGCCUCAUGUUAGAAUUAUCCCUGGUUUGUAACUUAAAAAAACCAAAAACCUCUAGAGUCUUCAGGGAAAGGAACAUAAGAAGAGCCUGCUGGAUCAGGCCAGUGGCCCAACUAGUCCAGCAUUCCGUUCUUAUAGUCGCUAGUCAUAUGCCUGCAAGCAGGACCUGAGUGCAAGAGCACUCUCCCCUCCUGCGGUUUUCAGCAACUGGUUUUCAGCAACACACUGCAUCUGACUAUGGUGGCAGAGCACAGCCAUCAUGGCUAGUAGCCACUGAUACCCUUAUCCUCCACGAAUUUGUCUAAUAUUCUAAAGCCAUCUAAGUUUUUGGCCAUCACUGCCCCCUCUGGCAGUGAAUUCCAUAGUUUAACUGUGCGCUGCGUGAAGUGCUUUCUUUUGUUUGUCCUGAAUCUUCAAACAUUCAGCUUUAUUGAAGGUCCACAAGUUCUAUUGUUAUGAGAGAGGGAGAGAAGCUUUAAAUGCAGAUGAUCUUGGGUUCAAUCCAUGGUCACUUGAGUGGACAUUGGAAGGCACUCAGGUGUGCCCAUAAUCAUAAGCCAACAGGGCUUACUUAUGUGCAGUAAGUUUGAGGAUUGUGCCCGCAAGCCUUGGGUAAGGGCACCUUCAGGCAGGGCUGAGAAACUCACCCUCCCUAAAGUUGCUAUCAGCUCUUCAAGUGGAAAAAACAACAGCAACAGGUGCACUUAAAAUGUAUGCGUUUUUCUGUGGCUUCAGAGGGUGACUUGCAGUGCAAUUCUAUGUAUGUCUGCUUAGGUGUAAAUCCCUUUGAGUGGGACUUACUCCCAGGUUAGCGGGCAUUAGAUUACAGCCUUGGAUGUGGAAAAUGGCAGAGAGUUACCCUUCUAACAGAAUCUGGGGUGGCGUCAGGUCUGAUCGUGAUUGAAACAGCAGCACAGGUAAUAUUUAGAACACCUGAGAGACUUUAUUUCAAAUCUCCUGAAUUAUGUCUGUUUUGGCUUUUGGCAGACUGGGCAGACAUUGGAAGACACUCAAGUUGACCUGGGCCUUACUUGUUCAUAAGCAGUUUAGGACUGUGCCUGCAAGCCUUUAUUAUUAUUUUUUUAGUGUCUUCCCCCCUCAUUUUGGCCGCUGUUACCUAAACCCCGACAUGAACGGGGCCUUGCCACUGUCUGGUAGCUUUUUGAAAAUACUGAGUUUGUCUUUGAUCCUCUGUGGCUCACACUUCUGCACAAAGUUUCUCUCUGCAUGGUUGUAUAAAUUAGCCUCUGGCUCCUUCAGGACAAAGGGCAGGAUAUAACUUCAGUUCAUCAUCGUCAGUGUCGAUUCCUCUCUCACUCCCCAUGUGCACUAAAACCAGUGAAAUGUCACAUACACGAGUGGAUGCUUGCUCAUGAGGGCAAAUGGGGCACUGUCCUACCAACUUCAGUCUACCUUCAGCCAGCCCACGCCUGCCUGCUUUCUUACUUACAACCAGUUCCAGGGGGUGGCACUGGCUUCUCGGCUUCCUCCUCCUCCUCUUCAGUCUCGGUGUUGUCCUUUGUAGAAUUCAGCAGGGCAGAGAAUGGGGACAAAACUAGGUUCCAAUACAGGGCCAGCUCCAGGAAUGCCAGGGCCCUUGGGCAUCAGCUUGCCCUGGGCCCCGGCGUGUGUGUGGGUGCGCGUUUGCAUUCGCACUCGCAGUCCACCCCACCCCCACCUACCUGUCUCCUGUCUUUUACUAUUGCCAUUAACCAAAAUAGUGGCCGCGGUUUCCCUAAGGGGAUGAAGCCUCCGCUGCCAUCUUUGUUGAUGGCAUGCAUGCGUGCUAUGUACACGCAUCUCUGCCAUCAACUAAGAUGGCGGCAGGGGCUUCAGUACCUUUGGGAAACUGCGGCCGCCAUCUUUGUUAAGGGCAACGUUAAAAGACAGCAGGCAGGUAAGUGGGGAGACGUGGGGGGACCGCGGAUCACGGAAGGGGAGCGGAGGGGCGGCUGAGGGCCCCCCUGCAGCUCCAGGGGCUGUUGGGCCAGUGCCCAACCUGGUUGCCCUUUAGAACCGGCCCUGCUCCAAUAGUUGGCUCUGGCUCCACCUGUGUUGGUGCUCCCUGCCUCCUGCCCCACCAUUCCAAUGGCACUGCCUUACAAUAGUAUGUUUCACAGUUAGUGUAGAAUUAAAGCACUUGUGCAAUAACAACUUUAGCCAUGUUUUUAUUUGGAUGUCUUUCCCUCCUUGUUCUGUAUAGAAACAAGUUCUAUGUACAGUGUUUAUAAUACCCACAAUAACUCACUAUGUUUUUUUUUCCAUUAUAAAAGAGUUGCUUAUUAGGAAACUGUCCUCAUGCAAGACUCGUGCACCAACGUGAUGCCUGUUCACUGAAUACUUCAGGGGAAAUAACUUUUCAUAAUCACACAGUGUCUUGAAAAGAAAAAAACUCCAAAGUCCACAGCUAGGUAAUUCCCAACAAUUGGGAGCAACCAAAAGUCACAAAAAUGUGGCAAGCUUUUGAGUCCUUCAGUUUGUUAAAGGAAGCUUAAUAAAGUGUUCUGGAGAACUCAAAAUGGUGCCACAUUUUUGUGGCUUUUUGGGUGAACCUAAUAACUACAUCUUGGAGAUUUUUCUUAAGGAACAACAAAGUUACCUUUAAAAGGGGGGAUUAAAGGCUGGUGAUUUCUAUGAAUCAUUUGUGGCUCACUUGAUUCUUAAUAUCUUUUUUGGUGAGAUAUGUUUCAGUUGUGUGUUUUCAGGCAAAUGUUUAAUAUCUUGCAUUAAAUAAUGCAGCAGAAUUAAAAAUAAAAGUUAAAAGCAUAAGUAUACAGUUCUGCAGUUUUUUAUGUUUCCAAACCUUUCAAAUGUUUGUAGCAUGAGUGC